AUGUCUACUAACCUCCAUAAAGCCAUCGAACAAGAUUUCGAAGGUCAUAUGGAUUUCUACGAACCAGACACAACAUUUCCAUGCAUUUUCUGCGAUUUUGAAACAAAUGAUCCACUUCAAAUUUUAUAUCACUUGAAUGAUCAUCACCAAUUUUGCAUUAACCGCCUUUCCGGUCUUGCCAUGCUUCAAAACUAUCUCAACUACUGGCAACUCCAUGCUCCAACCUUCAUCACAAUGGAUUUUUAUGGAGAAAAGCGUAAAACAAUUGAUCCUGAGAACGAAGACGAGAAGAGUAUCCGUGCCACACUUCACAAGCUUCGUCUUGACCACAUCAUGCUUCAACAUGAACAAGAGAGAACUGUUGUUCAAAAAGAUAUCCCAUGUCUCUUCUGUUCUAAGACAUUUACAGGCACAUGGCAUCAAUAUCUCCAAUGGUUAUUCGAAGUUCAUGGCUUUAACCCAGGCCGCCCUGCAAAUUUAGUUUAUAUUCCACAUCUUGUCAAUUAUUUACAGAAAUUACUGUCAAAUAACCAGUGUAUCCACUGCUACCAGAAGUUCCAGAGCCAGCAGCAGCUCAGAUCCCACAUGAAAAAGAAACCACACGACAAGAUUCCAAAUGAAAAGAAAUUCGAUCGCUACUACAUGGUCAACUAUCUCGAAGAAGACCGCAAAUGGCAUGAUAUCGAGAAAGAAAGUGACGAGGAGAUCGAAGAAACGCUAGAAGACGGACUUAAAGAUUUUGAUGAAGUUGAGAUCGACGAAACUCAAUGUCUCAUAUGCGAUGCAGUCCUAAGUGAACCAACAGAGUGUAUCCAGCACAUGCACACCCUCCACGGCUUCGAUUUCAAUGAAGUCAAAAAUGCGGUAGGAAAUGACUUCUACCACUUGGUCAGAUUUGUCAAUUACGCAAGGCAGAUGAAGAAAGACAACAAAUGCUUCAUCUGCGGAGAAAACGUAAUUGGAAAUUACUCUGAUCACGUCUGCCAGCACAAACACAAGGCUCCGCUUGAUACAUCAACUAUUCUCGGUGAUGACAAGUUCUUGAAACCAGUAAUUGACGCUGAUCCUCUCCUUACUGUUCUUGAAGAUACUGAAAUUUAA